AGAAGUGAGAGAAAAGGAUUGGUAGAGAGAGAGAAAGAACUGAUAAUUCAGAGUAUGUUUUUUUCUUUCUUUGCGCAUUUUUAAUCAAUCUUUAUUUUUAAUUAUUAAUUACAUUAUUUUUCUGGGGUUUUGUUUGAUUUGAAUUAGUCACCCCCUUUUCCUAUGAACUCUCACAAUUUCUGAGAUUUGUUGUUGUACAGCCAUUUUUCUGGGUGUUGUCCUUUCAAGUGAGAGAAAGAGUAAAAAUUCCCACAAUUUCUUUUACCUUUUGUUUCAUUUCAAGGACUUAUCUUCUGAUCUGAAUCAUUUAUACCCUUUUUCUUUUACCUCUUCAACCCAUUUUCUUGUAAAAAUUUCAUCUGGGGGUUGUGUUAAUUCAUCAGAUUUUGGUUUUCUGUGGUAAAAAUCAAAAGGGUGUGGAUUUUUUGGGCAUAAAGUUAUUGGGUACUUUGUAAUUUGAGCUUUUUUUCUGGGUGGUGGGUGGAAAAGGGGUUUUAGGGAUUUUGAUGAAUUUGGAAAGUUAGGGUUUUUUUGGGUGUCAUGGGAUUUGGUAGUGAUGUAGCUAAAGUAGAGACUUGGGAUGUUGAAAAAUCGAAAGGGGGAAAAAAGAAGAAAGAUGAAGAUGAUUCUGGUGAAGAUACUGGAUGUUGGAUUAAGCUAAGGUUCAUUGGUAGCUGCAUUACUUCAAGAUCCAAAGUUGAUUCUUCUGUCAGUGGAACAAGUACUAACUAUGAUGAAAGCAAAUCACCAACUGAUGCAAGCAGAGAUCAACCGGUUGCUGCAGUUGUCCCAUCAACUACAACAAGUAAUGCUGAAAGCAGCACCUCAACAUCCAAACUAGAAGAAGAACUCAAAUUGUCCUCUCGGCUUCGUAAAUUCACAUUUAAUGACUUGAAGUUUGCAACUAGAAACUUCAGACCUGAUAGUCUACUUGGUGAAGGGGGUUUCGGGUGUGUGUUUAAGGGUUGGAUUGAAGAAAACGGUACCGCUCCAGUGAAACCUGGUACAGGUCUUACUGUUGCAGUAAAGACACUCAAUCAUGAUGGACUUCAGGGUCACAAAGAAUGGCUGGCUGAGGUGAAUUAUUUGGGCGAUCUUAUUCAUCAAAAUUUGGUCAAACUUAUCGGCUACUGUAUUGAAGACGAUCAAAGGCUUCUAGUUUAUGAAUUUAUGCCCAGAGGAAGCUUGGAGAAUCAUCUGUUUAGAAGAUCUUUACCUCUCCCAUGGUCCAUUAGGAUGAAAAUUGCUCUUGGUGCAGCCAAGGGUCUUGCUUUUCUCCAUGAAGAAGCUGAAAAGCCCGUGAUAUAUCGUGAUUUCAAGACCUCAAAUAUCUUAUUAGAUGCGGAAUACAAUGCAAAGCUGUCAGAUUUUGGACUCGCCAAAGAUGGUCCCGAGGAAGGUAAAACUCAUGUAUCUACCCGCGUGAUGGGAACAUAUGGUUAUGCAGCCCCGGAGUAUGUGAUGACAGGCCAUCUGACUUCAAGAAGCGAUGUUUACAGCUUUGGAGUAGUUCUGCUGGAAAUGAUCACGGGUAGGAGAUCCAUGGAUAAAAACCGACCGAAUGGGGAACAUAACCUUGUUGAAUGGGCAAGACCACAUCUUGGAGACCGAAGAAGGUUUUAUCGUCUGAUAGACCCUCGGUUAGAAGGUCACUUCUCCAUUAAAGGAGCUCAGAAGGCUGUGCAGUUGGCUGCUCAUUGCCUUAGCCGGGAUCCAAAAGCCCGCCCUUUAAUGAGUGAAGUUGUAGAAGCCCUGAAGCCUUUACCUAGCCUGAAAGACAUGGCUAGUUCGUCCUACUAUUUCCAAACCAUGCAAGCAGACCGGGUUAGGGCCAGCCCAAAUGCUCGAAAUGGUCAACCCAUUGGCCCUCACCAAAGGAAUGGGCAGCAGCAACCAGGCCUAAGGAGCCUCUCCAUCCCACAUGGUUCGCAUGCUUCACCGUACCAUCAUCAGAAUCAUCCAUCACCCAAACCAACUGGGAAAUCUUAGCCUUGGGUUGGUCUGUCUAUUUCUUGCUCUACGAGUUGUUUCAUCAUUCUUUUCUCCCACAGUUUCUGAUCUUUUUUGUGCAAUCAUCAGCUAAUACAAGUAUAUGAUCUUUACAUCAAGGCCCUUUGCUCCUUGAUAAAAAAUGAAAAAGGAUAGGGGAGGAAAAAAAGAAAAAGAAAAAGAAAAGAAAAGAAAAGAGGUAACAGAAACAGAAGACAAUGUAUGAAUUGUGCAAACUAUUAUCUUUCAGUCAGGGCUCUCUGUAAAGGAGUUAAAUGUAAGAAGAGGUGAAGCUUUGUGAGCUACAAAUUUCAUGUCAUACCACAUAAUGUUACUUUACAUUAGUCAAGCUUGGAAAUACGAAAACAUGAAGUUUCACCUAUUGAAGCUGCAUUUUGAAACUGGUGUAUAGAUUAUGGUUGGUGUAGAAAGAAUGAAGGAAUGAAUUAGGUCAAACUUGUGUUUGGGGGCUCAGAUCAAACUCCGAUGCUACCGGCUGAUCUGAGAUUUAAAAAACCAGUUUGCUUACUGUCAUGUCAUUGAUGAAAUAUUGCUAGUCAGCCGGUAAUAUUGGUUUGCAGAAUAGAUAGUGUUUGCUACAUUUGGUACUACAUAGUGUUCUGUAACUGUCCAGGGAUAUCCCCUUUGUAAGAAUUAAAUGUUGUGAAAGAAAAUUAAGCUGAUGAGUAACACAGUACAUCAUUGAUCA